AGUACCAAGUAGUGAUGUUUAGGUGUUCAGUGUGAUGACUAGCUACCACUCGAGAGCUUAAUUUUCUCGCACUUCGAUCUGCAGUCAGAAAGCUACAGCUUUGAGAAGUGCUUUUGGAUUGUCCAGUUGCUGGUUUCAAAACAUUUUGGCACGCAAGUUCGAAAGCUACAGCUUUGAGCUCACAUAUAUGGUUGAUUUCUUCCGAUGCAGAGAUAUGUGGAUGUGACAUCUGCUUCGUCUCAUGUACAGGGUUGAGAUGUCUCGUACACAACUCAUCAAUCCUUCGUAGAAGAGCUCAAUUCGCGGGCAUCAUUACAAGAUGAAAUGUAUAACUCAUCUGUAUGAGUUCCAGAUUGUUUGGCUCACUCAUGGCCUUCUCGAUGGACGGCUAUAUCUGAUCUGAUACGAAUCAGACAUCCCCGGGAGAGCUGCGUGGGUAAACAAGCAUCAAGAUGUCAGUGGUGUAUGGAUGCUCAAAGCAUCCUCUUCGACCAACGUCUGGAGCAUCUUCUUUUUAUUCUCCCAUGGUGUAUAUGAUUUGUAGUGCCAUGUCGCGACGCAGCUAUGCAAGCAAAAUUUGGGAAGGGGUCGCGCCCUUCCUUGCUCACAGAAGCUAGCGGACAUGGACGCAACAGUCCCCGAUAACGUGACUCUCCUCUUCCUCGUCGCCUUUCCUGUAUUUUGGUGCUAUCCUUCCAUCAAUUCCAAGUGUGUGCUGUAACAUAACACUCGGAUGCCUCAGUUCCUGAAUCCAACCAGCCGGCAGAAGAAGACAGCCGAAGUCAGUCCAAGAAACGCACAGGUAGGUAGAUUGGUCCAUAGAUACAUAGCAGCAGCGGCUGCAGCUGCUGCUGCUUGCGGCAAAGAUGAUGAUGGUGAUGAGAUUCACUGACUUCCUCCUCCUCCAAAUCCUUGUAGCGGUAGUCGCCUGCGCCGUGGACCUGCCGGCGCCGCUGAACGACGAGGUGCUGGGCCUCGUCGUCUUCAAGGCGGCGCUGGAGGACCCGACGGCGGCGCUGGCGUCGUGGAACGAGGACGACUCCACCCCAUGCAGCUGGGCGCAUGUCGAGUGCGACCCGGCCACGUCCCGGGUGAGCCGCCUCGCCCUUGACUCGCUCUCCCUCUCUGGGCCUCUUCCCCGUGGCCUCGACCGCCUCCCCGCCCUCGUCGCCCUCUCCCUCUCCAAUAACAACCUCUCCGGGCCAAUCCUGCCGGGCCUCUCCCUCCUCCCCGCCCUCCACUCCCUCGACCUCAGCCGCAACGCUUUCUCCGGUGGCUUACCCGACGACCUCGCCCGCCUGCCCUCCAUCCGCUCCCUUGACCUCUCCUCCAACGCCCUCUCCGGCCCCCUCCUCAGCUCCAUCUUCUCCAAUGCCACAUGCGGCACCCUCCGCUUCCUUUCGCUCGCGAGCAACCGCCUCGAGGGCCCCUUGCCUGCCGCAUUGUCCCGCUGCUCCUUCCUCCUCCAGCUCGACCUCUCCGGCAACCGGCUCUCCGGCGCGACGGACUUCGCCACGGGCCUCUGGUCCCUCUCCCGGCUGCGAGUGCUGGACCUCUCUCUUAAUUCUUUCUCCGGAGGAGUCCCUGAGGGGAUCGCGCGCCUGCAUACCCUUAAGAGCCUCCACCUGAACGGCAAUCGGUUCUCGGGGCCCAUCCCGGCCGGCGUCGGUCUCUGCCCGCAUCUCAGCAGCUUGGAUUUGAGCUACAACUCGUUCGUCGGAGCCCUUCCGAGUUCCAUGCGUUACCUCCAUUCUCUGACAUCUCUCAGCUUGUCGAACAACCGGCUAUCCGGCGACAUUCCGUCGUGGAUCGGCAACUUGACAGCCAUCCAGCACUUGGACUUAUCCGACAACAAGCUCACCGGAAACCUGCCGUCUUCGCUCGGCGGCCUCACAGAUCUGAAUUAUCUGAGCCUAACCAAUAACAUGCUCACCGGAGCCAUCCCCGACUCGAUCGCAGGAUGCACGAAGCUCACCGAGCUCCAUCUGAAGGGGAACGACCUCGAUGGCAGCAUCCCGAAGGGGCUGUUCGAUCUGGGGCUACAGGUUCUCGACUUGUCAUCGAACGGGCUCACCGGAACAAUGCCGGCAGGGUCGACGUGGAUAUCGGAGACGCUGCAGUCACUGGAUCUAUCGGAUAAUAAGCUCACCGGCACCAUUCCGCCGGAGAUGGCGCUGUACUUUGGUCUUAGGUACUUGAACCUCUCAUGGAACGACUUCCGUACCCAGCUGCCGCCGGAGCUUGGCUUGUUUCGGAACCUGUCGGUGUUGGAUCUCCGCAGAAGCGCGUUGUAUGGGUCGAUCCCCGGAGAUCUUUGCGAGUCCGGUAGCCUGUCUGUUCUGCAACUGGACGGCAACUCUCUGACCGGCCCCAUCCCCGAGGAGAUCGGCAACUGCUCGUCCUUGUAUCUUCUGAGCUUUUCCCAUAACAGCUUAAACGGAUCGAUUCCGGCCUCCAUGGCCGAGCUAAAGAAGCUUGAAAUCCUCAAGCUGGAGUUCAACAACUUGAGCGGCGAGAUACCGCAGCAGCUCGGCCGCCUGGACAACCUCCUCGCCGUAAACAUAUCGCACAACCAGCUCGUCGGUCGGCUUCCGGUGGGAGGCGUAUUCCAGAGCCUAGACCAGAGCGCGCUGCAGGGCAACCUCGGCCUCUGCACUCCCCUGGUGGCGGAGCCAUGCAAGUUGAACGUCCCCAAGCCGUUGGUGCUCGACCCAUACGCUUACAUCAACGGCAACAACAACGACAACGACGUGCCCACCGUCGCGAACCCGGCGGCGUCGAUGCGGCACAGGAGGUUCCUCAGCGUGUCGUCGAUCGUCGCCAUCUCGGCUGCUCUCGUCAUAGUUCUCGGGGUGGUGGUGGUCACUCUGCUCAACAUUUCGGCUCGGAGGAGGAUUGGGCUCCUGGAGAACGCCUUGGAGAGCAUGUGCUCGAGCUCGACGAGAUCGACGGGACCUGCCGUGGGGAGGAUGGUGGUGUUUGGCCCCAGAAGCAGUCUGAGAUCGGAGGAUCUGGUUGGUGGCGCCGAGGCCUUACUGACCAAGGCGACCGAGCUAGGGAGGGGAGUCUUCGGCACGGUCUACCGAGCAUCGAUCGGAGGAGGAGGGACGAUCGCCGUCAAGAAGCUCUUGACGGCUAACAUAGUUCAGUACCAUGACGACUUCGAUCGCGAGGUUCGGAUACUGGGCAAGGUGAUGCACCCGAAUCUGGUGCAGCUGAAGGGCUACUACUGGACUCCUCAGCUGCAGCUACUGAUCUCAGACCACGCCCCCCACGGGAGCUUGCACGCCAGGCUUCACGAGAGGCCUGAGGCCAUACCACCUCUCUCCUGGGCGGAUCGCUUCAAGAUCGCGCUGGGGACGGCGAAGGGCAUCGCCCACUUGCACCAGUCGUUCCGCCCUCCCAUCGUCCACUACAACCUGAAGCCGACCAACAUACUCCUGGACGAGAAGUGCGAGCCCAAGAUCUCCGAUUUCGGGCUGGUGCGGCUGCUGCAGAAGCUCGACAAGCAAAUGAUCAGCAGCAGAUUCCAGAGUGCGAUGGGCUACAUGGCGCCGGAGCUGGCGUGCCAGAGCCUGAGGGUGAACGAGAAGUGCGACAUAUACGGCUUCGGGGUGCUGAUCCUGGAGCUGGUGACCGGGAAGAAGCCGGUGGAGUACGGAGAGGACGAUGUGGUGAUUCUGAUCGACCAUGUGAGGGCGUUCGUGGAACAGGGCAACGCGGUGGAGUGCGUCGACUCGAGCAUGGGGGAGUUCCCGGAGGAGGAGGUGCUGCCGGUGCUGAAGCUGGGGUUGGUUUGCACCUCUCAGAUACCGUCGAGUAGGCCUUCCAUGGCCGAGGUGGUUCAGAUACUGCAGGUGAUAAAAGCGCCGCUGUAGGGAGACCAAUGGAAAGCUUUCUGUCUGAGUUAGCGCUCGCUCUCCCUCUCCCUCUCUCCCAUUGACUUGUGAGGGAGACAUGCCGGUCUGUAUCACUUUCCCUUUUGCUGCUCGGCUAAUGCAACUAUUGGAUCGGUUGAUCAUA